AUGCGCGCUUUGACUUACACACGCCUGACGCGUUUAACCAAACAGACUGGGCAUAAAGAUUUCGCAUGCUUGCGUGUCCGCUAUGUAUCCAGUACCCGUCGCGAUGAGAAUUUCUCUGUUCCAAUCGGAAAUGGAUUUGUGUCACUGAGAGUUACGCGACCAGCGACAACUCAUGAGGUCUCUUCCGGGUCGAAAGUGAUCCUCUACCUCCCACCGGGUCCCAUAUUCCAGGGAUCGGAGCGGGGUGAGAAAGUAGUUCGGAGCCAAUCCGAUUCUGAUACUCGGCUGAAGUAUUAUGGAGAUUCGGAAGUUGCGCUUGCAGGAUCUGUUGAAAUCUCCCCACAACACGCGCUGUCAUCUGCUACUUUGGCAACAGUUGUGACGGUGAAUUAUCGUCUCGGCCCAGCAAAGGGGCCACCUUCAAUUAGAGAUAUUGGGUCGGAGCCACAUUCAGAGCCACGAACAGAUUUAACAUCAGAAAUUUACAAGUAUCCGACCCCGAUACAUGACACACUCGCAGGGUUCGACUGGAUCCAAAACAACCUUCAACCCACCCAUCUCGGAGUCUUCGGCUCCCACGUCGGCGGGUCCUUAGCAUUAAUGCUAGCACUCACAGAAGCGCGAUCCGUACACUCUGUUGCUGCACACGAGCCCAUCUGCGACUGGCCCGGUCUUGAUGAGCAUUGUACUCAUGAAGAUAGUACGAAUGAAGUAAUAACGAAACAAAAACGAUCAACCAGGCGAAAAUCCGCGCCCCCGGAUCUAGUUCCUCUCCUCGAAGCACGUGGACAACUAUUCACAUCCUUUGAGCGGUGCUUUGAUUCAUUUGCCUCGCCAAUAUUGUUUCUUCGCUCUGCAGGGCGGGAUAUUCCGGAAAGUUUCCCUCGUUACCUUACAGGGCCGGAGUAUCCCGUUCCGGUCUUGAAAAAUAGGGGCAAAAACAUAUCCGACGAGCAACUGGGCUCCUCAUGGGAUAGGGAUACAUACCCUGACUCGGACACAGAUGGGGAUUUUGAUCGGCCUGUUCGUCGGCGGAAGGCGCUGUCUCGCUGGCCCCCGUAUGGAUUAGAUUAUGGGCUCAAUAAUGAAACCUGGACCGGACCGACUCAUGGGAUUGAUAGGCUGCAAGUUACUUUACCGUGGGUGCGAGUGUUCUUGGGUGGAUCGGCUGUUUCACGAAUGGCUGCGAACCGUAAAGAGACGGCUCCAAAGCCUACCGUCCUUGCACAGCAGGGUGAGGAGAUGGUGUCUGCUAUGCAAAAGGCGUGUUUCUGGGGUCGUGAGAAAGGAUUUGGAGAGCGGAGGGUGACUCUCUCAAAAGUUGAUGAGUUUCCAGGGCAGGAGUUAGAAAAGUAUUUCCGGGAUGUGUUUGAUAGAAAGAUCAGUGACGAUGACUAG